AUGUACUCUCUCGGACUGAACUUCUUCAACGUCGACGCCGUCAAGGCCUUGGUAUCUCGCGUCUUCGAUGGUGCCCCCGCCGUCCCCGCCGCCUCCGUCGCGCUCCCUGCGUUGGUAUUUACUCCCACUCAGACCCUUCGUCCUCCUCCCACUCGCGCGUACACCAUUGGAACCUCAGGCCCCAUCGAAUCUAUCUUGGCUGCUGUCAUCUUCAUCAGUGGUACUCUCUUCCUCUUCGCCGCUGCAGGUUCUUUCACGCGCUUGGAGGACCGCCACGCGUUCUUCUCCAUUACCUGGCUGGUCCAGUCCAUCUUCUAUCUACUCUGGGCUGUAUUGUUCUUCCAACUCGAGUCCGCCUGGGUGCUGGCCAUCGGCAUCUAUAAACAAGUGAUUAACUCUGGGUGUGCUUGCUUCAACCAGAUGCUCAUGCCCGCUUUGCAGCACGGCCUCUCCUUCAUACUCGCCGUAUAUGGGCUAUGCACCUCGGAGGUCCUUACCUCGAAGAUGAUCACCUCAUCGGCAGUCAUUCUAUAUUCCGCUCUGAUAGCCAUCGGUAUUUAUCUAGUCAGAUCUCGGCGUCGCCUCGGGCAGCGGGUCUCCAAACAUCCGUCUCUGUCGUUGGCCUUGGACGUCUCCUUAGGAUACGCGGCCGGCGCUAUCGUGGGCUACCAAUACCCCAACAGCAUGUGCGCCCUGCAGGACUCACUCCAAUCAGGGAGCGACGUACUCGACAUUAAAACUGUAGUGGGCGCGCUCAUCCCAAUCUCUCACAUCCCGAUGGAUGGCAUGGUCAUGAACUGCGACCGGUACAUGGUUGCAUCCCUUGAAGAGGGGCGUCGUCCUACACCCAAUGCGCAUGGUUUUGAGCAGAUGAUGCAUUAUCGCGGCGGCCAUUCGCACCCAGUAAUCUUCGCUUCCGGACCCAUGGACGAGCUCCCCAGUAGUAGGGACGGCUGGUCAUUCAUCGGGGUCCCCGAAACUCGCGCUGAAGAGGAGGCGAUUGCUCGUGCUGCGGAGGAGGCUUUCCACCUCGAUCCUGUAGCAUUCACCAGACUGGCCACUGAAUCGGCGAUGAACCCUGUCCUGCCACCACCACCACCGCCUCCCCCCGCCCCUACCCCUGCACCAGAACCUGAGCUGCCGGAGUGCAUCGUUGCUGUACUGGAUCGGAUCCGAGCCCAUGGGUACCGCGCGGCUCCCCGCCGUCGUUACUAA